AUGGAACCAGAAAGGUCAAAAGAAAUUCUUAGCCAUUUAUUAGCUAAAUAAAUUGAUUUAAAUGAACAAAUCUAAAAUGAAAAUGAUGAAUUAAAUAUCAAUCUUAAGUUAUUUAUUAUAUUAUUCUAGACGAUUACUUAAUCUCUUAAAUUAAAAAGAUAAACAAUUAGAAGAAAUUAAAACCAGAAUUAUUUAAGUUGAUUAAUCUGAAAAUUAAUAUUAAAUCACCAUCUCAUAAUAAACACAACUCAUUUCAUAAAUACAAUCUGAAAAUCAAGAAUUAUAGCUUUAAAUUCAAUAAUAAUCUGAAAUUAGAUUAAAAAUGGAAUAAGAAUUAGCUAAAAUUAUUGAAUCUUUUGAAAAAAUGUAAAAAAUUAAUCAACAAUAAUAAGAAGAAAUUAAUUUACUUUAAGAAAGAAAUUAAUAAUUAGAAGAUAUUUAAAUUACUAAUUCAAUUUAAAUUGAAUAAAAUCAAAAGCAAAUCAAAUUACUUGUCAGCUCAAAUGAAGAUUAUGAAUAAUAAACAGAUAUACUCUUAAAAUAAACUAAUGAACUUAAAUAAAUAUAAAUUAAAUUACUUUACAAUUUAGAUGCAAUAUAAAAAGAAAAAGAUGAAUUAACUACUUAAUUUGAUGAAAAAUUAAUAUAAUUUAAAUCUUGCUUUUAAAGUACAGCUGAAAACACUAAAGAUUUGACAAAUUAAGUUAAUGAAUUAACUAAUCAACAUCAUCUUCUAUAAAAAUAGGUAAUAUUUUUAAUCUAUUUAAUCAUUAGAAUUAAUAAUUUAUAGAAUAAAUAGAAAAUUAUAAAUCUCAAUCUCUUAAAUUAGAAUAAGAAAGAAACAAAUUUAAUAAAGAUCUAGAAGUAACUAUUUAAAAUAACACAUUAUUACAAAAUAAUAAUUUAGAACUUGAAAAUUAAUUAAAUCAAUUAUCAAAAGAUCAAGAAAUAUCCAUUAAAAAAGUAAAAUUAAACUUCAUAUAAUUAGAUGAAAUAAAUGAUCGAAUAAAUCGACCAACUUGAAUAAACUAAUGAUAGUUAGUUGAAAUAAAAUAAUGAACUUAAAUAAUAAAUCAAAAAACUAUAGUUUCAAUAAGAUUAAGUUCUCAAUGAAAAGGAAGUUAUUUAUGAAUAAUUUGAAUUGAUUCAAAAAAAUGCUUAAAAUGACCAUGAAGGAAACAGAGAAAAAUAUAUUAAAUUAGAUAGAUCUUAUAAAGAAUUACACAGUUAAUAUGACGAAUUAUUAAAUAGAGUAUCAUAUUUUUGUUAUUUUUAGUAUAAAAUUUAAAAUUAGACUUUUGAAGAAUAAUAAGUUCAAAUUUAAUUAAAUUUUAAAGAAAUAAACGAACUAAAACAUAAUUUAAGAGUUUUACAAGAAUCUGAAAGAAAAUACUCUUAUAAUUAUGAAGUUAUUAGCAAAGAAAAGUUUAUGAUAACCUAAAAGUUAGAGGAAUCAUAUUAAAUAAUUAAAGAUUUAAGAGAUUAAUGUUAAAUAAUUACAGAAAAAUUAUAGAAAACUGAAAUUUUUAAUAAAUAAUUACUUUUAGAAAACGAAUAAUAAUUAAAACAAGUAUGAAGUAUUAAAUUAUUAUAGAUAAAAGUUUAAGAAAGUAAAAUUGAGGAACAUGAAGUUCAUAUCGAAUUACUAUAAGUUUAAAUUAAUCAUAGAUAAACUUAAUAAGCUGAAAUUGAUAAAUAAUAAGCCCUAAAAUAAUCAACGACAAAGAAAAGUUAAUCAGUCAAUAAAGAAAAUAAUAGUGAACUAAUGAGAUUAAAAAAAUAGAAUACUGAACUCACAAAAGAGGCAAUUUCUUUAAAUGAAUAAAUUCUAGAACUUAAAGUAAUAUCUAAUUAAUAUAUAUAUAGAAUGUUAUUAAUAAGCUUAAUGAUUAAUUAACGCAAUAAAGUAAAAUUAAAACAGGUUUAGAAUCAAGAAUUUAAAGUUUAAUCAAAGUCGUUGAAGAAUUUUAAUAAAAAUAAAUCUAAAAGUAAUAGGAUUGUUUAACAAAAGAACAAUUCUAAAAUUAAGUAGAAUAAAUAAAAAAGAAUUUUUAUAUUUAGAUUUAAUAGUUAACAAGAGAAAAUGAAGAAUUAAAAAAAUUAUUGUAAACAUAAGCUAAUUAAACUUUUAACUCUACUGAAGAAGUAUCUUCUUUAUAAGAUACGGUUGCAGACUUAAAUAGAGAAAAAGUGAACUUAAUUAGAGAAUUAAAUUAAGAGCAUGAAGCAAAAGUUAAAUCUGAAGCUGAAAGAGAUAAAUUAAAAUAAUAAAUUGAACAAUAUCAACUUGAAAUUGAAAAUUGUCAAAAUCAAUUAGAUCUCUAUGUUAAAGUAUUAAAAUAAAUGGAUGAAAAGAUUAAAUAGUAAUGA